AUGCUUGCGAACGAAGAGCCAGCAGCCGCCAUCGUUCCAGAGCCAGCAGAACCAGCAGUCGUCGCGGGGAAGUUUCCUGUGGUCACGAAGCGCGAUCAGAUCGGUGUGAAGACAGAGAAUAAGACUGGUACGGGCGACAAGAAGCGCACCAGGAAAAAAUCCGUUGGCACGGGCAAGAAGAAGCCCACCGUCAGUAAAUCCAAGACGGCGCCGACGAAGGCCCCCGAGAUCCCCGAUGACGAGGCCCCCGAGAUCCCCGAUGACGAGGCCCCCGAGAUCCGCGAUGACGAGGCCCCCGAGAUCCCGGACGACGAGGCCCCCGAGAUCCCCGAUGACGAGGCGCCGGAGGUUGAGGGGGGCACCACAGCGACCAAGGGGAAGAAGAAGGGUAAGAAGAUGUUGAAAAGGCGUGGGAAAAAGGGCUUGAAGCGCAAGGGGAGCAUCAUGGUGUCGCCUACGAAGCGCAGGCGGCAGAUGAUGAAGGCGUGGCCGGUGCCAGAAGAGGGCACAGGUGACUUCGAGUAUGAUGUGGCAAAGUUUCCGGAAGACGCCCCGGAGGAGGUUUGGGAUGAAGCCGAGGCCGAGCCGGAGCCAGAGCGCAAAGCUGCGCCGAAGGCCAAGGCGAAGGCCAAAGGAAAAGCAAAGGCUACGCCUAAAGCGAAGGCCGCAGGAAAGGCAAAGGCUACGCCGAAAGCAAAGGCUUUGGCUACGGCCAAAGCAAAGGCCAAGGCAAAGGCAAAGGCUACGCCCAAAGCAAAGGCCAAGGCAAAGGCAAAGGCUACGCCCAAGGCGAAGUGCAAAGCUGCUGCAAAAGGCAAAUCGAUGCCUCGCUCAAGGCGUGGUGUGACGAUUGACAACGACGAAGAGAGCCAGAUCUCCGUUGAUGAUGCCCUCGUGAGCUACCUCUCGAUGAACUCAGUGGAGCUGCUCAAGGCAGCCAUGAUCGAGUUUGCUUACAAGUUCGAUGGCGAGGAAGAGUCCCGUUCGCUGAAGCUGCGCAUGAAAGCUGAGCUUGUGUCGUCCACGGCCUGCAGCUUGACGCACUACUGGACCAGGUGUUCUACUGGCGUCCUUCUCAAGGAGAGCAAGAAGGAGCUUGUGAACCUCAGUGUUGCCGGUGCGCCGAAGGAUGCUGCAUGGACAGCCAAGAUGGCUAUGACAAUGAAAGCCGGUGAGCUUGUGGGCAUGGUUGUGGAUGGCUUGAUCGCCGAUUCCAUCGUCAAUCCUUGGACUGCGACAAAGUCGGUUGAGGCCGAUGGAGUCAUCGCGGUGGUCAAGGAGCAGCUGCUCGACGCGCUGAGGACGCUUUCCCCGGAUGACUGA